GGGUGGGUCUGGCGGGUCCCCAGGCGGGGCGGGGCGGGGUGGGGGCGAGGGGUUCUGGGUGGUUUCCGCCCCGUAGCCCCGCAGCCAGCCGGGCCCAGGCCGGCGCCCCCCGGCGGCGCAGGGGGCGGCCUCCACUCAGUCCUCAGCCCAGGGCACCCUAGUCAGCCUCCCGCUCAGGACGCGCCGCCCUCCGUCUGGGUCUCCGCCCCCAGGACCCGCGGCUGAGAGCUCUGGAGCGCGGCUUCCCCGGCCGGCGGCGCGAUGGGCUGCGGGAACUCCACCGCCACCAGCGCGGGCGCGGGCCGAGGCCCUGCAGGAGCAGCUAAAGAUGUAACAGAAGAAUCCAUAACAGAAGAUGACAAGAGGAGAAACUAUGGGGGAGUAUAUGUUGGCCUACCAUCUGAAGCUGUCAAUAUGGCGUCCAGUCAAACAAAGACAGUUCGGAAAAAUUAGAAGAAAAUAACCUCAUGACUCAAGAAUCAAGAGCUUGCUCAUCAAUUUGGAAGGAAUUUGGCUCCGUGGGACAUUGCAAUGCACACAGACAUUUCCAAGGAAAUUCUAAGCAGUCACCCUUCCCUCUUUCGUUCCCCCAAAUCUUAAGUGUGUACGUAAAACACUGGGUACAUGUUGUUAUGGUACUAGAAGGGAAUUGGUUAGACAGUACACUUGUUGUUGGAACUUUCUGUGGCCACGUACGAAAGACAAGUUAACGAACUGUCAUGGAGGCUGUUGUUGCCCAGCCAGGGCUGCUGCAUUUUGAUAACAUUUCCACCCUGGCCACUCAGCACAAUUCAUGGAGGUCAUGGCUUUUCGCUGAUACUUUUUUGAUAGUUUUUAUAUAACAAAAUCCUUAUUCUAUUUAUAACAAGAUGAUAAGGCACUAUAAAUGAAUGACCUAAAAUAAUAUAUUUGUCUGUUAUCUUUCGCUAUUUCUACUUCAUGUUAAUUUUUAGCUGUAAAAUUGGUAAAUGGAUUCUUACAACUAUCUCAUUCAGUUUUUUACUAUUUGGUUUUCAAAUUUCAUUUAAAUGUCAGAAAUUUCCUUUUUAGGAACAGUGUAUUUCAUUGCAAUAUUAAAAAUAAACUCAAAUUGGCAUGCCAUAGGCACAUGCUGAUUACAUUUUUAUUUUCUUUCGUGAAAGGCACAUGCAACUACAAGUACUUCAUAGCCACUGGGUUGCUCAUUCUACAUCACAGCAUCUCAUCAUGUUAAUUCUGUAACUGUUUUCAAGGACUUGGAUUGUUAGUGGGCUACCUGGAAAGUUCUUAAUUUGAUAAUGACUUGUGUAUGUACUUAGUAUUGCAAUGUAAGUUACUCAAUUUACCAAUUUAUUUCAACAAUUAAAACAUUUUUAUCCCUCUUCA